AUGGAUGGCUCAUCAAAACAUGCGAAUAGCUUACAAUCCAUAUCACGUAAAAGUGAAACAUCAUUGAUUUGGAGACAGAGUCGUACGUGGACGAGUGCCAGCGAACAGUCUCAAUUGAAUCAUGUGAGCGAUGAAAUGAAAAACAAAAGUCUAUUAGACGCUCAUAGACGGCAACAAACAAUUGAUAACGAAAACAAGUAUCCUUCAAUAUCGUUGAAACGUCAACAACCAGCAAAUCAUUCAAAGCGAUUCAUCUAUCCGUGGAUUCCAACGCUUGAACGAGGAGGUAAGCAGGGAGAUGCCUGGAAAAAUCGUAAAAGACGUCGUGGUGCAUUUAUCAAUAUAUCGUCUUGUUGCUGUCUCUCUAUUGCUUUUGGUAUAGUUGGACUUAUCCUGUUAAGUGCGUUGGUAGCUGCCAUCAUUUUAUUAGGUCUGUAUCGUAUUCGGAAAAAUAUCUUCGAAGAAGUCUACUUUUUUAAAUGGAAAUCCAACCAUCAAGAAGCGCAACGGCUAGUCAAACCACCUCGACAACUACGUGCACAUCAACAAGUGCAACAGCUACAACGACGACUACUUCAAGUACAACGACAGUCACUACAUCCACAACAACAACUACUACAACUACAACUACGAGCACAACAAGUGCAACAACGACUACUACGUCCACAACAACAACUACUACAACUACAACUACGAGCACAACAAGUGCAACAACGACUACUACGUCCACAACAACAAGUACUACAACUACAACUACGAGCACAACAAGUACGACAACGGCCACAACAACGAGCGCAACGACAACAGCUACAACUACGACAAGUACAACAAGUAGCACUGAGACAACAACGAGUAGCACCACAACCACAACGAAGACUACUUCAAGUACAACAGUAA